AUUAGGACAAAUUGGGAGACUGAGGACAACGGCCACGUUAAGCACGGAGGGGUGGUGAUCUUCACAUGUUUGGUUUUGAGGGCGACUGCUCUCCAUCGCUCUCACUCACCCUCGCUUCUUUUCCGCAACUUGUCCACCAUGCCUUCGUCAACAGCCAUGGACUCUUACGCUGCUCAAAUUGCGGCUCCUAUGAGCGCAUCGCAGCGUAAGCAAUUGCUCAAGCAGCUUCAAUCACCUGAAGCCAUCGACAGCCUCCGUCGCCCAGAAAUUCUCAUGGACUUCUUCACCGACAGUCUGGACAUGAGGGACUUGGGCCUUGCGGUGCCGGCCCUCACGGGCCUCUUCCAUCUCAUCACCACAAAGAACCUCGACUACCCUUCCUUCUACCCUCGACUGUACGCUCUUCUCGACAGAGAUCUUCUACACAGCAAAUACCGCAGUCGGGUUCUGCGGCAUCUCGAUAUUUUCCUGUCUCCAACCAAUCACUUGCCGGCAGCAACAAUUGCCAGUUUCAUCAAGCGCCUUUCACGCCUGUGUCUCUUUGCCCCUCCCUCCGCCAUCGUGGCCAUAAUCCCCUUCAUCUACAACCUUCUCAAACAGCACCCCACCACGACCUUUAUGAUCCACCGCAACCCAUACCCUCCCUACACGAAGUUCAAAUACAACCUUGGCAAUGACCCCUUUGACCCGAACGAGCCGAACCCACAACUCACCAAUGCCAUCGACUCCUCACUGUGGGAGCUGGAGACGUGCCAGUCGCACUACCACCCCACCGUAGCGAGCAUCGCGAGGAUCAUCUCCGAGCAGUUCACGAAGCAGCAGUACAAUCUCGAGGACUUCCUCGACCACGGAUAUGCUACACUACUGGACAGUGAAUUCAAGAAGGAGAGGAAGCCUCCCGUUGUGGAGUACAAGAUUCCCAAGAAAAUCUUUGCGGUCGCAGAGGACAGUGAAGAUGAUGCUGCCGGGAAAGAGGAUAGUAUGGACAAACUAUUGGACAUGUGGGACUUUGAGGGCUGAGAUUUCUCCAGCAAGGAUUCAUGGCAAAGACAAAAGAUAGACAUAGAAUAUAGACAUAGACCAAAUAGACCGGGGGGAUCUCUGCGAUGCGUUCUAGCGAUUGGGAUUUCUUUACGACGAUCCACGAAGACAAGUCCUUAGACUACAGCCACGAAAUGAAGGGGGUUUCUGGCGCAAUGAAUGGGACAUCAACGGAUUCCAUAACAUGAAUGACUUGCCAAGUCUGAAAGACUACAAGAAUUUGGUAGGAUGUCCACUCGAAGCUCGCUCCAUUUUGAUACUCAGGUAGGGAGUGUAACCUUGCGGGGUACGGAACUCCUCCCAACGGUAAAAUCUUCAAUAAGAAACUUCAUUCACGGUAAUA